CACGGGGUAUAUAUUAAGACCUUCCAUGUUAUCAAAUCAAACGUUUUCGCAGGAUGGCUGAUGUAAGGCUGAAUCUAUUGGUGGUUACUCUGUGCUUUGUAGGGCUCUGCAGCGUUGGUGCAGGGUAGGAUUUUUUUCAAUAAUACCCAAACACAUCUCUCUUUGGUCAUUAUUCAUUUAUUUUCCUGUCGGGGAAAAUCUAUUAAAAAUAAUAAAACUAUUAUUUUUAGUUUUAAGUUUGUCAUUUCUUCCUGCGUUCGAUGGUGUCUGUAAUAAUCUUUUACUACUUUAGCACAUGCAAUGUCCACAGUGGAAUCCAGCACUAUACGUGCACCAAAUAUUCCCAAGUGAAAUACAGCCAAGCUUACCAAUGCGGAUUCUGGCAUUGGAAUCGAUGCUACAGAACAAAGUACUCACAUACAGCACAUCAGUCCACUUGUACAAGAAAAUGUAAAGUCAAUGGUGCCUGGACGUCAUGGCAAGCUUGGGGAGGAUGGUCGACUUGUGACAAGACCUGUGGGGAUGGGCAAAGAAUCCGGUACAGUGUACGACAGUGUAGUAACCCAACGCCUAAAAAUGGUGGCGAAUACUGCAACGGAACUAACGUGCAAAAGGAGACAGAAGAGUGUUUGUUAAAGGUUUGCAUUGUUGAUGGCGGUUGGAGUGAGUUUGGUCCUUGGAGUAAGUUCUCACAGUGUGCCAAAACGUGCGGAGGGGGAGCAAAAACUAGAUACAGAUACAGAAAAUGCAACAACCCCAAACCGCAAAAUGGUGGGCGCUUCUGUCCGGGAGAUUCAAUCCACUCAGAAACAGCUCCCUGCAACACCAAUUCGUGUGAAGAUUACGGUUUGAAUUAUCCUAACCAAAUAGCAGAUACUGGAAACAACUCCGAGAAUACAACCAAUGACACACCUCCGGAAGUAAAUGGGUUUGAUAACUCGUCUAUGGAGGGAAAAAAUAGUUCCGAUUAUCUUCAUGAUGGAAUUCAAUCACCCAUUAAAUCUGUAAAGGACUUUUCCAUUAAUGGUACGGCAACACCAAAUCAUAACAAAGUCGCCACUACAGCAAGUUCGUCUAUAACGACAUCCCAAAAUAAGACAUGAAACCUUAUUAACACGCA